CCGUAAUGUACUGUACAGCGAAACACAAACUGAUGUGUAAAAAUUUUAACAAUAAGUUUGACGCAUUAAUUAGUUAUAUGUAUAUAUAUAAAUGCACCUACUUCUAAAGAAUGAUGUUUGAGUCGAAGAUGGUUUUGUCCAAAUGAAAGGCAAGGGAGAAAGAGGAUGGCAUCCAGAAGUUCUUUUGUAAAAGAUGAUAACUUCUAUAAAAGAGUACUGAACCGAAGCGUUACAAGAUUUAUAGAGGAUCUUGACACAACUUCAAUAUUAGAUUUGCUUUUGGAAAGAGAUUUUCUAUCAUACAGUCAAGUGAGAGAUAUUCAAGAGCUGCCUUUAACUUCAACAAGGGCAAGAGAAAUAUUAUCUAAAGUUGCCUCAAGGGGUGAAAAGGGAUACAGAAUAUUUAAAAAGUUACUGAGAGAGUCAAAGCAAGAACAUUUAGCAGACUAUUUGGGUAGGCAAGAGAUAGAUUUAGAGAAAAAAUUGAUGGCUGAGAAGAAAAAUGAAGAUAAAGGAAAGCAAGUUGAGUUGCAAGUUCCUGCUGCAACUGUAAAGGCUAAUGCAGAAGAAGAGAUAAUCCCAGAUGAUAAAGAAUUAAUAGCCAUUUCAUCCCACAUUGGAAUGAAUUGGGAGAUGAUUGGGCCUUUUCUUGGGGUGCCAUCUACUACUGUUGAUCAGAUAUGUAUGGACAACUCGACAACAAGAAUGAAAAUAUACAGGUUGCUUUAUGUUUGGCGUGGAAUGAAUGGGUCUGAAGCUACGGUGAAAAAUCUUUUGUUGAGUCUGAAAAAUGUUCCAGAUGCUGUAAAUAUCAAUUGGAAAGGUCUUGAAAAAACAGUCAACGAAUUUGGCCAAAAAGAAAGGUAAUGAAUUACUAUCAUCUGUUUAUUUUAAAAACUUUUAUUUCACAGUGGAAAUGUUUACUGUAUCAAAACUAAAAUGAUA